GAUAGAGGCUCGCACCGGGCUCGCUCCGUUGUCUCCUCACAGUGCGCUCGCGCUGCGCAGCGGGAAGAAAUCCCUUCUUCACCAAGGAAAAGAAAUCGGACUAAAUUAGGAUCCGUUUUAUCGAUUAAUCGACACGAACAUGGUCGAUUAAACGCAUAAAAAAGCGACUCAGAGACUUAUUUCCACUGCGCUUUUGGUGCAUCCCCACUCAGCAUGGAUUCCCCCUACACGACCACCGAAGCUUGGCCGGGGAACUGGAGCGCGCUCGAGCCGAACGGCACCGACGGGUACUGGAACCAGUUCGUGCAGCCCAUGUGGCGCAUCGCGCUCUGGGCGGUCGCGUAUUCGGUGAUCGUAGUGGUGUCCGUGGUGGGCAACGUGACCGUGGUGUGGAUCAUCCUCGCGCACAGGCGCAUGAGGACCGUCACCAACUACUUCCUCGUGAACCUGGCGUUCGCCGAGGCCAGCAUGAGCGCCUUCAACACGGUGGUGAACUUCGUGUACGCGGCGCACAACGAGUGGUACUUCGGGCUCGUGUACUGCCGCUUUCACAACUUCUUUCCGAUCGCCGCCGUGUUCGCGAGCAUCUACUCCAUGACGGCCAUCGCGGUGGACAGGUACAUGGCCAUCAUCCACCCUCUGAAGCAGCGCCUGUCCUCCACUCAAACUAAAGUGAUCAUCGGUGUGAUCUGGGUGUUGGCGUUCUUGCUGGCUUUCCCGCAGUACUAUUACUCCACCAUCGACAGUCUGCCCGGCCGGGUCGUCUGCUACAUCGACUGGCCCGAGUACACCCUCAUGGACUUCAAAACCAUUUAUCAGCUCAGUGUGGCAAUCCUGAUCUAUUUCCUGCCUCUGAUGGUGAUGGGCUGGGCGUACGUGGUGGUGGGGCUGAAUCUGUGGGCCAGUGAAAUCCCUGGAGACUCUUCUGGACGCUACCAAGAACAACUCACUGCUAAACGCAAGGUGGUGAAGAUGAUGAUUGUGGUGGUGUGUACGUUUGCGAUCUGCUGGCUGCCGUACCACAUCUACUUCCUCCUCCACCAGUUCUAUCCCUCGCUCUCCGAGAGACCCUUCAUCCAGCAGGUGUAUCUGGCCAUCAUGUGGCUCGCUAUGAGCUCCACCAUGUACAACCCCAUCAUCUACUGCUGCCUCAACGACAGGUUUCGCAUUGGCUUUAAGCAGGCGUUCCGCUGGUGCCCGUGUGUGACGGCCUCCCCGUACGAAGGCCUGGAGCUGAAGUCCACCCGUUACCUGCAGACUCAGACCAGCGUGUACAAGGCCAGCCGCAUGGAGACCACGGUCUCGGCCGUGAUGCCCGCCGGAGCCGAGGACGCCGCCAAGUCCGGGGCCAGGCGGACCACGCCCGUCCACAGCCCCUCCCUGGAGCUCACCUCCAACGGCUCCUCGUCCAGGAGCAUGUCCAAAACCGUGUCUGAAACCUCCAGCUUCUACUCCAGCAACAACCUCCCGGCCUAGAGGAAGAGGGGAAGGAAGGAAGGGGCUGGAGAAGCGACGGCGGCGGCAGAAGAAGAAAAAGAAGAAGAAAUAACGAGCGUUGGUAGAAUUAAUGGAUGUAUUCAUCUCUGUGAACGUGUCAUCUCUGUAUUAUCUGUAUCUUUCUGAGGGCCAUCAGAACCGCAUUCAUGCUUUUUCCACAUGGUUCUCUCGUGGCUGGUGUCUGUCGUCGUUCUCUGAAAGCCUUAUUCAGACACAUUUCAGGAGAUUGCCACUUUUGUCCCCAGUCUAGUCGCCGUCCAGCUUUGAAAUGACUGACCGCGGGAGUUCCAGCGGUGCCGGACGUGACCGGAGAGCCUGAUGGAGUGGUCCAGCCUUGUGAACGUUGUUGUGGUCCAGGCUUGGUUGAGCUGGACACGGUGUAUAUUCCAAGUUUACAUUUACUCGCAUGAUGGGACAAUGAAGAAUGUGUAUCCAGUACAAUACCUAAACAUGUAGUCUCACCCCUCAGUGUGUGUGAGUGUGUGAAAGUGUGUGAAAAUGUGCUCAGAAUUUGCUCAGCGUUAGAAUGCAGGUUCAACAUGCCAUCCCAGCCAAGUGGGACCCAGGUUGGUUUCCCAACUUUUUUUUCCAAUUUUCUCCCAGUUUAUCUGGGCCAAUUGUCCCACCCAUUUAGCUGCUAGCCAGCCGUAUAUCCCACAACACAGGGAGGGUGAAGACUAACACAUGCCUCCUCCGACACACUGAAGUAAAGUAAAGUAAAAACUAAUUUACUUACGCUGAAGUAACAACUAAUGGGUGGAGCUUGUCGAAACCAAGUGUUACAGUGAAAUGAAAAAAAGAAAUCCAGUCUACAGUUCAAGUGAGGUCUGAUUUUUUUAUGUAUUUUUUUAUUGUGUCAGAAUAUCUGGUGAUAUCUUUGCGUAUGAUAUGAUAUGAUAUGAUAUGAUAUGAUAUGGCACACCCUUAUUCGAAAUCAGAUAAAUGUCCAAAGAGUUGUUUUCAAAAAAGCUGAGACCUUUAAAAACGUUAAAAACUAUUGGAAGAUUUUUCACCCUAGGAGUGAUGAGGGGAAAGAGCGCCAUCUACCCACUCAAAGAGCAGGGCCAAUUGUGCUUUCUUAAGGAUUCGGCAGCUGAAGGCACACUGCAUCACUGGGAUUCGGAUCAGCAAUCUCCAGAUCAUUGGGGCAGCACUCAUAGUUCAUUACAGCCCACAUUAAUCUAAUACUAAUUAGGUUGUAAAUGCCUUAAAAAUCAAUAAUAAUUAGUUAUAACACAUACGUAGAAAAGGGCAACAAUGACUUGUUGUUGGCCAAAUAGUGAACUAUAUUACACAGCUGUCUAUAUUGUUGCUAUGUCUGUGUCUAUGUAUGUGUUAUAACUGAUUAUUAAUAAUUUUUAAGGCAUUUACAAUCUAAUUAGUAACCAUUAAUAAACUAAUUGUAAACCAUUUAUAAACCCUUUAUAAAGGUAGUCUUAUUUUAAAGUGGUACCGAAUUUUGCUAUCAUUAUUAUUAUGGUAUGUAAUGAGUUUUUUUCUUGUCAGAAUUUUUUUGUGAUAUUAUUACGCACAAUAUAAUAUGAUACAUCCCUAUUCGAAAUCAGAUAAACACUUUUUUUUUUAAAGCUGAGACCUUUAAAAACUUUAAAAACCAUUGAAAGCUUCUUAAAAGAAAUAAAAAGCUAUUCUUCUGCAGAAUCAAUCUGAGGAACUAUGGGAGCUAUUUUGGCUGUUCUCCUUUAUAUUGAAGCAUUUCUCCACUGUUUGGCUCAGUUGGAGCUUAGUAGGGGGAAAGAGGGAUAUUGAGUGACUUUUCAAAUUUUCAAGUCAAGCCUGGAAAUUGAAGUUGUCAGUGAUGAACUGUUUGAACGCCUCCCAGUUUGAGAUCCGCUGCCAAGCCGCAAUCACCAACUUCGCUGGAUCAAGAGCAGUAAUAGCUCAAAUAUGUGCCGGGCCAAGGCCUGCGCUUUUUAGCUUUUAUUUUUUGCUUUUUUCUGGGUUUUUUGUGCGUUUUUGUCCCUCCGAUUUUGGGAAUGGCUGCCUGCGUCUGUCUCUCUCUGUGUCUCUCUGUGUCUGUCUGACUCCGUUUGUCUUUUUGAACUGGAGCUUUUCUCUCCGUCCCUCCUGCCAAACACCCCUCCGAAUUCUCAGAGCGAGCUUUCGCACUCAAACGCCCGGCUCACAAAUUUAGCUCGGGAGUAAUCCACCCCCCGCCGGGUCUGUUUUGGCCCCCUGUGAGGAGAAUGGGCUGGUAGUGGUGGUGGAGGAGGAGGGUGAUGAAGAACAGAGAGGGAGGGUUACGGGCAGCACCUGUUGCUGGAGAUUACUGACGCCGGUAUGUGACAGUGGUGUCAGUUUUCUCACGAGCUCGAGGUCGUAGGGCGUUAUAAAGGAUCAGGCUGUUCUAGUCCACUGACUGGAAGUAUGCUGGCAUAAGAGACAGUAUUCACACUUAAUGACCAAGUCAUGAGUCAUGGUCGUAACCUGUAAGGGUAGACAGGAAGGUUCAGGCCUUAAAACCAAGGUUUUUAUUGAAAUAAACACUAUAUUAGAAUCAAAUACACAGCAGAUAAUAUCUGCAUUACAAAGCAUUGACAGCAGCAGGUGUGUAGUGAUGAACUGUUUUGAAGCUAUAUGAAGUUUGGAGGUGUGUAGUGAUGAUCUGCUCUGAAGCUACAUGAAGUUUGGAGGUGUGUAGUGAUGAACUAAUCUGAAGCUACAUAAAGUUUGGAGGUGUGUAGUGAUGAACUCUGAAGCUACAUGAAGUUUGGAGAUGUGUAGUGAUGAACUGUUCUGAAGCUACAUGAAGUUUGGAGGUGUGUAGUGAUGAACUGUUCUGAAGCUACAUGAAGUUUGGAGAUGUGUAGUGAUGAACUGUUCUGAAGCUACAUGAAGUUUGGAGGUGUGUAGUGAUGAACUCUGAAGCUACAUGAAGUUUGGAGGUGUGUAGUGAUUAACUAAUCUGAAGCUACAUGAAGUUUGGAGGUGUGUAGUGAUGAACUGCUAUGACAGCACACAUCGUAGCUGUCCAUAACGCUGUUGUAUGACCUGGUUAUAGCAUCGUUAUGCCAGUGUUAUAUCGAAUUAUUACCUACCAAAGGAUUCCAAGCUUCUGAUUGGUGUUAAUGGGAGUGUGAUGCGUAGGCCUGUAAGUAAUAUUAAGGAGAGUAUGUUCCACUGUAAGCUUUCAAAUACUUUUUCACACCACUGCACAUGUCCAGACACCCUGAUUUAUUUUGGGGAAGGUGAUAUGGGUAUAAAAUUUACAAUGAAAAUAUAUUUUCAAUUUAUUGGCCUUUGUUAAUAAAUAACCUAACGAUUUGUUUACCAAGGCCGGUAAUAAAUCCGAAAGCAGAAGCAUCCAGGUGAUACUGUGAUGGUCUGAAGACAGUUUAAUGAUGCAUCUUGAUUAAAGUUUCUCCAGUAGAGCACGACAAGUACAUCAUAAAUAAAUCUCUAUGAGCCUGAAAACAGCCACUCUGAUUUUGAGCUACAGAAAGCCAUUUAUUGCUGUUUAUUGGAGUUUCUUUAUAUUCCUUUUCAGGAUUGCAAAUGUCACUUUAAAAAAGACACAAAUUAGAAGACUUUCUAAUUAUUGGAACCACAGUGUUACCAUUACCGGUGAUCUAUGAGCUUCAUAAUGAUGUUAUAUGAGUGCUUGGACCCAAUAACUGCCACCUGAGAUGUAAUACAGCUCUCCAUAAACCCAAAUCGAGUCGAUUCUUUUCUAAUAUAGUCGAGUUAAGGCACUUUGGUAAUCAGAAACUUUGUCAUUCAUUGCAGGUCCAUUUUAUAAGCUGUAUAAACUACGCUGCAUAAUCGCUGUAUAUCACUGAAGUUUGAAAUCAAGGUUUUGAAUAAAAUAUACAAAUUUAGAAGAAGAUUGAAGAAGAUAUCCUGUACAUACAGGGGUUUGACAAUGAACAUAAAACACCUGUCAUUUUAGUGUGGGAGGUUUCAUGGCUAAAUUGGAGCA